GUAAACAAAGCACGUGCGCUUUGUUUACAUCAAAUGCGUGGUUGGAUUUUUCAAAUCUCUUCAUUCUUCUUUAGGUCGCAUUGAUCCAACAUUACCGCCAGCAACCAUCAUGAGUAAACUGUUCAACGAGUGCGAGUGGGAAGCUGAUCUACCUACAGUUGGAACCAACUUUCGUUUCUCUAAGAGCUGGGAAGGCAAAAAGCAGAGAAAAGAUCAAUCCCGCUUAGAAGUACAAAAUAUAGAAAGCGGCAGCCAUCCGCAAAAUAAGAAAAGCAAAAAACCUAAAGGAUGGUCGGUACUUUUGCAAAAAUCCUCAAACGGCAGCGAACAGCGUAAUGAUACUUUUAAUGGCUCGUCCGAUGGGAAAAGUAAUAAACUAAACGGUAGUAAGAGAACAUACGAUGAAACUCUAGCUGUUAAUAGCAAUAAAACACCGAACAAAAAGUUCAAACAAAAUGAAACGGUGAAGGCAAAAGGAACCGCGAAACAAGAAGACGAACCAUCAAAAGGAAAAUCGAAUGGCAUCAAUCAACGUACAAAACUCGCUAGCAAAACUGUCUCUAGGCAUAGACGAGCUAUGGAAGAAGGUACAAAUUUAGGAGAAAAACUUGCUGAACGUCUAAAAGGGUCCCGGUUCCGUUUCAUUAACGAGCAGCUGUACAAAAUACCGGGCAAAGAAGCCAAGAAACUUUUUCAAGAAGAUCCGGCAUCAUUUGAAGCUUACCACGAAGGUUACCGCCAGCAGGUAGAGCAAUGGCCAAUGAACCCACUGAAUCGUAUGAUCAAAUCCGUCCUAAAACUACCAAAAAACACGAUUGUAGCUGACUUUGGAUGUGGGGAAGCCAAACUGGCCGCAUCUGUGCCAAACAAAGUGUAUUCGCUUGAUUUGGUAGCCAAUACCGAAGAUGUUAUUGCUUGUGAUAUGGCCAACACGCCGCUUGAGAGCAAUUUCGUGAAUGUGGUCAUAUUUUGCCUCUCGCUCAUGGGCACUAAUCUUGCUGAUUUUUUUCUAGAAGCAAACCGGGUUCUUAAAGUUGGAGGCAUCAUGAAAAUUGCAGAAGUUUCUUCGCGCUUCAACGACGUAAACAUGUUUAUCAAUAAUGUGAAAAAGUGUGGGUUUAAGUUAGAAAAUAAGGACCUAAAGCACAGUUUGUUCUAUUUCUUUAAUUUCAAGAAGGAGCGUACCGUAUUCAAGGGCGCAACGAACAUCAAAGAAUUUAGCUUGAAGCCAUGUUUGUAUAAGAAACGUUAAGAUUAUGCGGUUCUGUCAGGAUAUGUAAAAAAUGAAUGUUUUGACUGAAACAAAAAUAAAUUCGUUUACAUUUUGCUCUACUGCACCGUAGCAACGAAAAAACAGAUAAGGUUU